AUGCACGAGGCGAAUUUGGGCGGCCACCGGGCGAUCCAUAAGAAGUCCAAUCUGAAUUAUUCCCUGACGACCGGAGAGGAAGGUGGAUCGAUUUUGUCUGCCGCCGCCGCCGCCGAUAUUUCUUCCCCGCAAUUGAUCGGUAAGGGUUUGAAUAUAGAGAGCAAAGUGAAAAUUCAGGAGUGCUCCAUCUGUGGAUAUGAAUUCGGGUCGAGGCAGGUGCAGGGUGGCCACAUGAGAAAGCGCAGGGCCGCGAGCAACAACGGCAACGCUAACAAAAGCGCCAAUGACUGCGAGUCGUCUCUCGAUGAAGUAGGCGAGAGAGCAGGGAACGUGGCAGUUGUCGAUUUCGAUCUUCCCCAAAUUUCCUCAAACCCUAGAUUGAAGUUAAAAGUUAAUCGAACCCUAAGAAACCCAAAGCCGCCGAUUGUCCUCCUCAAUCCUCAUCGAUCAGCCUUCCUUGGCACCGGCGAGGCUCGGGCCAGCGGUCACCCUUUACCGCUCGGCCCGUCCCUGUAG